CUUCAGUGUGUAACGUUCUGAUCAUGACGUGUGAUACUACAGCUAAUUUAAAUGGUAAAGUGAUUGUGGUGACAGGUGGAAGUUCAGGAAUGGGCUUUGCAGCUGCUAAAAAUUUAGCAAGUCAUGGAGCCAGAGUCAUCAUCGCGAGCAGAAACGAAACGAAACUGAAAGCAGCCCAACACCAUAUCAUAGAAGCAACCGGUAAUUACAAUGUUGAGUACAAAACUGUUGAUUUGGGAUCUCUUAAAUCAGUGAGGAAUUUGGCGAGUGAAUUGAAUGCUGAAGAUCAAAUUAAUGUGUUGAUUAACAACGCAGGAGCAGUAGGACUUCCAGACAGGUUGACACCUGAUCACUUGAAUCUCAAUAUGCAAGUGAAUUACUUUGGAACUUUCUUGCUUACAUUCCUAUUGCUGCCUAAGUUGAAAGCGUCAGCUCCGAGUAGGAUCCUUAAUGGAGUUGGAGCAGCAAUGUAUUUUGGUGAAAUUAAUUUUGAUCACUGGAACGACGUUGGGAGAUAUGAUAUAGUAAAAGCACUGGGAUCAUCUGAAUUGGCAAUUAAUUUGUUCAAUGAAGAAUUAGAUAGGAAGUUAAAGUAUGAUGGAGUGACUGCUAAUGCUUAUGAUCCAUUUGUGGUACGAGACACUGAUAUCCUGCAAAAUCUUUCAGGGAUUGUUAAGAAGAUUUCCAAAUUGUUUAUUAAUGUCGUUGGACAGAGCAGGGAAGAUGCUGGUCAUGAGAUAGCUUAUUUAGCGUCUGCGCCAGAAUUGGAAGGUGUUAGUGGAAAUUUGUACAAAUUUUGUCGUAAAUUCAAAAAUCAUUGGUUGGUGAAUGAUCGGCAUUUGACGAAGCGUUUAUGGGAAGAGUCGAAGAAAGCUGUGAAGAUAACGAAGUAUGAAGACUGGGAACAUCAUGAUUCGAAGUGAUUGUGUUUAAUUUAUAAAUAUUCAACUAUUUUAAUCUAAGCGGUGAUGGUAUUUUUCAAAAUGCUUUAGAUUUAUUCUCUAAUGUGACUUGCGCAUAUUGUAACCUAGAAGUGCAACCACUGGAAGCUGGCGACCAACUUAUUUCCUCUGUGAUUUGAUUAAAAUGUAUGACUAUUUCUCUGAUCAGUAUUUUUUUAAACGUUGAGGCCUUUGUAUUG